AUGGCAGGGGAUGAUAAGGUGAACAUUGAUAGUGUUAUUGGUAGAUUGCUGGAGGUCCGACGCACUCGUCCUGGCAAAAAUGUUCAAAUGAGCGAAGCAGAAAUUCGCGGGCUGUGUCUGAAGUCUCGCGAAAUCUUUUUAAGUCAACCUAUUUUACUAGAAUUGGAGGCUCCUCUCAAAAUUUGCGGUGACAUUCACGGGCAAUAUUAUGAUUUACUCCGACUUUUUGAGUAUGGAGCAUUUCCUCCUGAAGCAAAUUAUCUGUUUUUGGGCGACUAUGUGGACCGGGGAAAGCAGUCUCUUGAAACAAUAUGCCUGCUACUAGCUUAUAAAAUCAAAUACCCAGAAAAUUUCUUCCUGCUGAGGGGCAAUCAUGAAUGUGCCUCUAUUAACCGUAUAUAUGGAUUUUAUGAUGAAUGCAAACGUCGAUAUAACAUAAAAUUGUGGAAGACCUUCACAGAUUGUUUCAAUUGUUUGCCGAUUGUUGCAAUUAUCGACGAAAAAAUUUUCUGCUGUCAUGGCGGUCUCUCACCAGAUCUUUCGACAAUGGAACAAAUCAGACGCAUCAUGCGUCCUACAGAUGUUCCCGAUCAAGGACUACUGUGUGACUUACUUUGGUCAGAUCCAGACAAAGAUGUAACUGGUUGGGGUGAAAACGACCGUGGUGUCAGUUACACAUUUGGUCCAGAUAUUGUGGCCAGAUUUUUACAUAAACAUGAUUUAGAUUUAAUAUGCCGUGCUCAUCAGGUUGUUGAAGAUGGUUAUGAGUUCUUCGCCAAGCGUCAGUUAGUUACGCUUUUUUCUGCCCCGAAUUAUUGCGGUGAAUUUGAUAACGCAGGAGCUAUGAUGUCUGUAGAUGAUACGUUAUUGUGCUCAUUUCAGAUUUUGCGUCCAGCUGAAAAGAAAAAAUACUAUGUUGGUGUUCCAACUGGCAGCCGACCAAUCACUCCACCUCGUGGAGCUAAAGCUAAAGGGAAAUUAUAA